CUGCAACGCUCUUAUACUGCGGAUCCUUUCCACUCUACCAAUAGCCUAUAUCAACAUGAAGUUCAUCGCUGCCGUUGCCAGUGCCGUCGUUGCCGUCUCCCUCACCGGAUGCAGCUCUGAUGAUAGCACCACUACUUCCGCUCCCGCAACCACUGUGGCCCCUACUACUGGCUUCCUUCAGCCUACCACCAGUGCCCCUACUGGUUCUGUCACCUGUCAGGCGCCCACUGGCAAGUACUGUGGUAGUUUCAUGGGUCAGUCGGCUGAUGUUACUAUCAACAAUGGCAAGUUCUCGAUGAACCUCGCUGGUCAGAUGUCCUGUGAUGACGUCCCUUUCACCAUGUCUUCUGAUUGCUCUGCUCUUGUCCUUGACUCGACUAAUCCCUCGUACGAGGCCAUGGCCAAGUCUGCUCAAAUGGAGACUUCGAUGUUGUCGCAGAUGAUGUUGUGUGAUUACAACUCUACUUCCAACGUCUUCACUCUCGAUGUUACUCAGAUUUGUGGUCACUCUUUGGAUAUGACUCCCGAUCAGUGUUCCAACUAAGAGUUCAGUCGGUUGUGAUCUCUGCCUUCGCAGUACCUUUUCUAUUCUUCCCUCCUCCUGUUAUUUAUUCCAGUUGGCGCGUUCUUCGCGCUUUGCAGUCGCAGCAUUGUACAUUGUAUAUUGACAGUUAGUUACUCGUCCUGUCAACUACGC